UUGCCUAGCAUCAUAUUUUACAUCUUAAUGGUGCACUUGGUGUGUAAAAUCUUGAUCUUCAAAGUACCUAUUCUGUCAAAUAAAUGUAGUGGAGAAAAAAAAAUACAAUGUCUGAGUAGAAGGCUAUAAAGUCAUUUAAUGUGUGUACUCAAUUAAAUGCCUCAAAUCUUUAGGCUACUUAAGUGUAGUUACUUUCCAUCUCUGCCAAACUGAGCAGUGGAGCUUCUUCUUCUUUGUCAUCUGAGGAGAAGCUGGUGUCCAAAUUUAUAACUGUUGGAUGAACUUGGACCCAAAAUGGGAAACUGAUUCAUUUAAAACACAGAUGUAUGAAAACCCAAUUUCCUUAAGUAGACAAAAGAAGAAAAAUAGCCUAUGUGACCUGAAAAUGGAGGAAAACUGUUGCAGACUACGCCACAAUAUUUCUGUGACAGCUUGCCGUCUCCCAUGGCAACAGUUGCCACGCUGAGGCCGGUUAAACAGUUAACGUCAUGGGAUUAUUACUAUAGCCUUAAUUAAAACAACUCUUGACACUAUCUCCCUCAAAAGUGUAAUACGGACUGAAGCAUGUAGAGCUGUUGCCUGCUGUAGUGUCGCCCUACAGCACGGAGGGGGUGUUGCCUCCAAGCGGCCACACUGAAAGCAGCGUGAGUCUGUCUCUGUAAUGUAGAGAGCAGGUCUGGCUGAAGACAUCAUUCCUACGAUGGCGGCCAAUGAGCUAGAUGUUUUCGCAAAUGAAGAAAAGCGAAACCUGGAGCUCGGGGGCCAUGUGGGCUUCGACAGUCUUCCAGACCAGUUGGUCAGUAAAUCAGUCGCACAGGGAUUCAACUUCAACAUCCUCUGUGUAGGUGAGACAGGGAUAGGAAAAUCAACGUUAAUGAACACUCUUUUCAACACAAUGUUUGAAAAUGAAGAAGGGAGCCACUACGAGAACCAAGUACAUCUACGCCCCCAAACGUAUGAUCUGCAGGAGAGCAACGUCAACCUCAAGCUGACCAUUGUGCACACCGUUGGCUUUGGAGACCAGAUCAACAAAGAGGAAAGCUAUAAACCCAUUCUUGAGUACAUUGAUGCCCAGUUUGAAAAGUACCUGGAAGAAGAGCUAAAAAUAAAGCGUUCCCUGUUGAACUGCAAUGACACAAGAAUCCACAUCUGCCUGUACUUCAUCGCUCCCACUGGACACUCCCUGAAAUCCCUGGAUCUCGUCACAAUGAAGAAACUAGACAGCAAGGUGAACAUCAUCCCUGUUAUCGCAAAGGCAGACACAGUAUCCAAGACUGAACUGGACAAAUUAAAGAUAAAGAUCAUGAGUGAGCUGGUCAGUAAUGGAGUGCAGAUAUAUCAGUUUCCUACAGAGGAUGAGGCUGUUGCAGAGAUCAACUCCUCCAUGAAUACUCAUCUUCCCUUCGCUGUGGUUGGAAGUGUAGAAGACGUUAAAGUAGGCAAUAAAAUGGUGAAAGCAAGACUGUACCCCUGGGGAUCAGUACAGGUGGAGAAUGAGAACCAUUGUGAUUUUGUGAAGCUGAGGGAGAUGCUGCUGCGUGUGAACAUGGAGGACCUCCGAGAGCAAACACACGCCCGACACUAUGAACUUUACCGUCGCUGCAAGCUGGAAGAGAUGGGCUUCAAGGACACAGACCCGGACAGCCAGUCGUUCAGCCUUCAGGAGACAUACGAAACCAAGAGGAAGGAGUUCCUCGUGGAGCUGCAGCACAAAGAGGAAGAAAUGAGACAAAUGUUUGUCAACAAAGUGAAGGAGACAGAAGCAGAGCUGAAAGAGAAGGAAAAAGAACUUCAUGAGAGGUUUGAGCAGCUCAAACGGAUGCACCAGGACGAAAAGAAGAACUUGGAGGAGAAAAGACGAGAACUGGAGGAGGAGAUGAACGCCUUCAACAGGAGAAAGGUUGCAGCUGAGACGCUGAUGGGCCAGGCACUCCAAGGCUGCUCACAACAGCCCUUCAAGAAGGACAAGGACAAGAAGAAUUGAUUUAUGGAACAAACAUCCAGGGAAACCAGGAAUGUGUCUACCAUCAGCAUGGGAAAAAGAGACUGUCAUAUCUGGCAUUACUUACUGACACUGUAUGUAUGGACUCAGUGACACAGUGACAAUGCACUUCUGUGAGCCAGAAUAAUGUGCCACUGUGUACUUAUGGAUCAAAAAGGUAGCUUUGCUCAGUGUAUUUAAUUUGUCCCUAAUGCUGACUCUGCUAGACACAAAAUAACAAAUCCAUGGACUGUUUUCAUAACACGCGGCUUGUGUUAUUUUAUGUUCUUGCCAUGAAUGUGUGUUCAUCUCCUGUUGUAAAUCUAAGUCUCCGUUUCUCAGUCAGACACUGACAGGACUUAAUAGAAACAGGAGAGUGCCAGUUACUGACUGAACUGAACUGAUGUUUGUGAGUUAUGUUUUAUAUAUUAAUAUGAAGUCAGCAUUUCUAUGUAUUAAUUAUUCACAAGUUGAAUAGCCUCCAAUACUGUUAAUAAUUAAUAGUGUAAUAAAGAUUAUCUGAUAAUGUGCAUAAAAAAUAUUGUUGGGUUUUCUUGCUGGUAGUUUGAGGUAAGAUACUUAUUGUCCAAUCACUGUUCUAUGCAACAUUUUAAACACAUUUCAUUUAUUUACAGUGAGUCUGGAAACGCAAAUAUUUUGUUCUCAUUUACAUUCAAAUAAAGAAAACUUAGAAGAGCAUCAGUUCAUCUGUUGGUUAACUGAACCCCUUUCUCAUCGUUAUUCUCACUGUUUUGAGAAUUUCCAUCACAUCAAUCAGUUUUAUCAUUUAAAGCAUUUCAUCUUGCAGCUGUUGUCAUCAUGACAUAAAGGGGUGCUAACUAGCUGGCUAACUCAGGUUUCACUUUUGUUUUUGGCUUAACAGGGUAAAUAACAAAAUCAUUAGCGAACUUGAUUGCACUAAACUUUGGGGUACAUACAGUAUCUUGUUGAGGUUUUAACUUGCUUGUUAAGAUAAAUAACAUGUUUUUUUCUUUC